ACAACUUCGACCAUCGCCAUCAGGCAUCCUCGCCGCCUUGCUCCCCCCCGCCUUCCAGUCGCUCCUUCCCAUUUCACUACGCUGCUCUGUUUCAAAGCUUAAACGCCUGCUGCCUCCUCCGCUCUUGUCAUGAUCGGAGCUGCGGCGUCGCCUCCGGCCGCCGGGACCACCUCCUUGACCACCUUCGACAACUCCUCCCCAAGCAGGUCGCAACACGACAUGCUCCACAAUGACGCGCGUUCCUUCACUGUUGCCUCUACUUCGAAUCUCAAGUACCCACACAUACUGCACCCGCGAGCUGCUAAUCCCGUGAUGGAUCUCGCAGCCCUCGUCCGCGAGCCAGAUGACGAUCACCCAGGCGUGCGUAGCCUCGUGUCAUUGUGGCGCUUAAGCGGUGCGACCGUGUGGGAAGUAUGUGUGACUGGGCGUGUGCUCGGCCUUUCUUGGAGCUCCGAUGGGCUCUUUCUCUCGCUGCUUGUGCUCAGGCUGCCAAGCUGGCCUCCACGCGCUCCGGUUAACGCGUCCAAGAGCACGAUCGAGCAUCUUUCCGUUCACACCGGUGAGGUGGUAAAGGCUGUAUACGUGCCUCCCACGCUCUUAGAGCACCUCACUGAGGCCGACUGGGAACAAGGACACGAGCGGGAUAGGCGCACGGCGUGGUGGCCUAUGGAGUGGAAGGGCGGCAAUUCGGUCUGGCUUCCUCACAAGCCUGGUGCUCCCCUUAUGAUCAUUGACUCGCUGCCCGAUGUCGAGCCUGUCGAGCCGCCGAAACCUGCGAUCAUAAAUCCCUUUGCGCCUCCACCACCAGCUGCCGCCAAUAAGGGGCUGCACGCGAAACUCGAGGCAGCUUCCACCCUCCUUCCUGCUGACCCACGUCCUCCACCAUCAGUGCUCCAUGUGGCAGUCCCUGCGCAACGGCCGCGCGCCUCUGCUCGUUUGCUCACCGGCACAUAUCUUCUUCCGCCAGGGACGCCGGAAGAUGUACCCUCGGCCAUCCUUGAGGUUGCUGUGCGAGCAGACAAGAUUGCGCAUCUGCUCGACCCCGUGUUCCGCGGCCUGGAGAGCUGUGCUGCCGCCUACAGGGACGCCGAAAAACAAACUAUGGUGUGGAGAGAGGAGCUUGAAGCAUGUGGCGAGCAGCAGGGCAUGAGCGUGCGAGUUGUGCACGCAGAUCUUUUCCGUUUUCUCAUGUGCCGCCGCUCCAGCCCCCCAAUCACUGAAUGGCUGGGAAACCGCCUCACGAACAGGCCCGUAGCCAAGUGGGAGGCGACCGUUCAGGAGGGAUUCAUCACUGUUAUGAAGGUGCUCGCGCAGAGCGUCAUCCCUGCGCUCGAGCGUAUGCUACUCGUUCUUGAGGAGAUGAACGGCUGGGCACGAGGCCACCACGCGGACCAGGCAGCCUCUACCUUAUGCCGGUUCCACUUCGAUGUUAUUCUCGAUCGCCGGGAGCUUGAGCGCGCCCUGUCACUCGUCCGUGGCCUUCUUGCGCUCUGCGAAGAGAUGCGACAGGCCGCAGCGUUGGAAUGGGAAAGUGCAGUGCAGUGGUUCAAGUGGCUGCGGUAUGAAAUGGCUCGCGCUGUCGCGAGUGAAGAAGCAGGUGCCCCUAGUUACGACGUAAAGCUUGUUUGGUCGUACAUGGUCAACGGCUUCGUCAAUUCACACUUCAAACAACAUUUUCCUCACGUUAUAGGUGCAUCUGACGCCGUCCUCACGGAAGUACCCCUCCCACGUCAGCCUAAGAGACCUCCUCUCUGCGCGGUCAUGUCGUCCACGCUGGCUAGGCUACGCCAGCCCCCGAAGAACUCGUCGCUCCCGCAGACCUCCGACAUUUCGCUUGCCUCGCUUCCCGACCGCUCGACCAGCACGGGCCUUGAGAUCGAAUCCGACGAGUCCGACGUGGAGCCCGACGAUUCAUUUGACACAGUCGGCGAAAAUGACCAGGCCGACGCCUCAUUACCUGCAGGAACGACGAAACGCGAGCCCACCUUGGAGCCCUGGGCGUGGGCCAACACUCUUCUGGCCAGUAUCUGCGCAGUGGGAGCGUCAGCUCGCGUGCGUGACCCUUCCCAUGUUGCCCCUGCAGUAGAAUUCCCUCUACCCGUCAUCGACGAGCGUAGGAUCGGAGACGAGGAUUGGGCUCUGGCACUCGUCGACAAGACACUGCAUGUCUUUGCGCGCACCAACAGCCUCGGUCAUGCGCGCUUUAGCGGGGAGGUAGUACAGGCUGCCUUCUACGGCGAUGAGGAGAUCGCUCUGGUGUUCGCGCGUGGCCCCCGCCGAUGGCUUGCGCUCGCGUCGGUGGAGGAUAUGCGCGCCGCUAUGGUGCCUGUGGGGAGCGAAGAGCUGUCCAGUUCUGCAGGAGGCCCAGACCACCACCUUCCGAUUUCACGCGCUCGGGCGCUGGGCACGGUGCGGCGGGAUCCGAUCUGGAGCUUAGCCCUCAACCCGGCCGAAGGACGCCGAAGCGCAUGGAUCCUUACGGCUAGCGGGGAGGAGUUGUCCGUCUUUGAUCUCGAGGCGAACGAGGACGAAGAGUCGGACGAGGCGUCGGACGAGGAGUCGGACGAGGAGGAGGGCAUGGACGAGGAGGAGUAGACGCAGCUUCUGUAGUCGAUCUAGCGGGCAUUUAUCAGGGUUUUACUGCUAGUUCGAGCACCAUGUCGGCCCGCUCUUGUUCUGUAGGCCGUCUACAGCUACAUAGCACCUUCCGCGCGGCGCCCAUGGCGCUACCAAUGAGUAGGGAAUUUUGGCUUGCUAACGAUCACCACUGAGGGCAAGCUAGGCUUGCGAGUGGCAUCUGUGCCGCAUCCGCAGG